AUGACAUAACAGAAGACGACAUAACCUCCGUAGCCAUUUUGGCUCAAGCAAUCUCGGCCCGAGCCCUGCUGGCCCACGCCCCGCUUGCCCGCGCGCCCCGCUUGCCCCCGCGCCCCGCGGAAGAGAUGGCCCGCUCCGCCCUCGCCACGGCCUGCGUGCUCGCGGCCUGCGCCUGCGCCGCCCGCCAGGGCGCCCGCGCCUUCGUGCCCGCCCCGCGGGGCCCCGCCCUGCGCGGCGACGCAUUGGCGGCUGCCGGCGCGCUCGCCGCUGCCACGCCCGAGGCGGCCCACGCGUUCACGUACAACGGCAAGGAGUACUUCGACGUCUUCUACGGCAUCAGCCCGCUGUACUGGGCACUGUGCGCGUUCGCCAUCGUCUUCUACGGCGCCGUGCUGAAGAACGCCGCGCUCAAGUACAACACGCCCUACGGCACCACCACCAACCCGGACGCCAAGCCGAUCGUGACCGGCAAGUUCGUGGGCAUGGAGGUGGAGACCAAUCAGGAGCAGUACAACUAUGGGGCGAAGGAGUACAUCAGUAAGUAGACGGCCCCUCCGGGCGCCCGGCCGGGCGCCUCCUUUUCUGCGGUUGUCUGACUUGCCGUUCAAGUCGUCCGCAUUCCAGAGCGAAGAAUGGUGACGGGCUUUCAGCCAGCGCCCCAGCCAGCGCCUGCCCUGCGAGGUGGGCUUCAGACAAUCAGGGAUUUAGACACUUUGGCCCUCGUGACAAAA